UUAUAUCCUGACAUUCAAUCAUGCUCUUCUACUUUUUAUACUUCAUUUGUGUUUUCUACUUGUUUUCUACUUGAACACUUGAGAGAAGACAUUUUUUUCUGCCAGUCACCGCUUCAGAAUGAACCAUGGGGGAAUCUCUGGAGAAGAGCUCAGACAGGCUUCAUUGUGUAGAGAGGGAAACAUCUGGAUGGGCCCUGGGUAUGCUGGAGGCAUUGAGUCAGAGGGAGCUGGAAGAUGGCAGUGUGAUAAUUAAUGACACGGGACUCUCUGAACAGCUUCAGAGUGGACUCCAGAGUCUUCGGCUGGAGGGCUGCCUCACAGAUGUCACCCUCCAUGUACAAGGCCAAAACUUCCCCUGCCACAGAGCUGUAAUGGCUGCUGCCAGUUUGUAUUUCAGAGCAAUGUUUUGUAAUGAUCUACGAGAGAAACAUGAAGAGAGUGUAAAUAUUAAGGGAAUCAGUGCAGAAUAUAUGAAGAUCCUUCUAGACUACACAUACACUAGCAAAAUGCACAUCACCAAGGACAAUGUCCAGAAAAUACUUGAAGCUGCCAGCCUUUUCCAGUUCCAACGAGUGGUAAACGCUUGCGCCAGUUACCUUGCUGAGGCCCUCUGUCCAGAUAAUUGUGUGGGAAUUCUACGCUUGGCUGAUGCCCAUUCAUUAGUGGAUUUAAAGGAGCAUGUGCACAACUACAUCCGCCAGAACUUUUCUCAGGUUGCAGUGCAUGACGAGGUGCUGGAACUGCCAACAGAUGUGCUGGUUAGCCUGAUCCAGCAGGAUGAUCUGAGCGUGACGGAGGAGGAGCAGGUCUUUGAGGUGGUAAUGCGCUGGGUAAGGGCAAAUGAGAUGGACAGGGUGCCUCUGCUGCCCUUUGUCCUCACUCAUGUGCGGCUGCCACUGCUGGAUCCCUGGUACUUUGUGGAGAAGGUGGAAGGAGACCCCUUGAUCCGGGGCUGUGCAGAUGUGUUCCCAUUACUACAAGAGGCUCGUGUUUAUCACCUGUCAGGAAGCGAGGUGAUUUCAGAGCGUACCAAACCCAGGGUGCAGGAAUUUCAGUCCGAAGUGUUUAUGAUUAUUGGAGGCUGCACAAAAGAUGAGAGAUUUGUGUCAGAGGUGACAUGUCUAGACCCGCUGCGCAGAAGUCGACUAGAAGUGGCCAAGCUGCCAAACACAGAGAUGGAGUCGGAGAGUGACAACAAGAAGUGGGUGGAAUUUGCAUGCGUCACUUUUCGAAAUGAAGUGUACCUGUCAGGUGGUAAAGAAACUCAGCAUGACGUGUGGAAGUACAACGCUUCCCUUAACAAAUGGAUUCAGAUUGAGUAUAUGAAUACUGGGCGCUGGAGACACAAAAUGGCUGUUUUGGGAGGAAAGAUUUAUGCAUUGGGAGGAUUUGAUGGCAUUCAAAGGCUCAAAUGCGUGGAAGCUUAUGAUCCCUUUCAUAACUGUUGGACAAAGGCUACAUCACUUUUGCUGAGUGUAAGCUCCUUUUCUGCCACCAGUUAUGGCAGAUGCAUCUAUGUGAUAGGAGGUGGGCCCAAUGGAAAACUUGCUACAAACAGUUUGCAGUGCUUUGAACAGCCAGCCAACAAAUGGACCCUCAAAAAUCCAAUGCCUAUUGAAGCCAAGUGUACAAAUGCUGUAACCUUCAGGGACUCCAUCUUUGUAGCUGGUGGGGCAAUGAAGGCACUGUUUUCCUACAGCCCUGACCGAGAUAUCUGGACACUGGUCACCCCACUGGGCUGUGAGAGAGCCAGUUGUGGCAUUGCCGCCUGCAAUAACAAGCUGUUUAUCACUGGUGGCAGGGAUGACAAGAAUGAAGUGAUUGCCACUGUACUGUGCUGGGACCCACAAGCCAAGAGACUAACAGAGGAGUGUGUGUUGCCACGUGGGGUGUCCCACCAUGGGAGUGUGACACUCAGGAAAUCCUAUACACACAUGCGCAAGAUGCCACCAGGAACAAUACCUGAAUGAUAGUUUUGGUGUGAUUAUGCUGCUCUAGAUAGAAAACUCCAGAUACAAAUGUUUGUGAAAAUGUUUGACUGCCAUCUGGACUGAUUAAUUUCAUCACCAGGUCUGCUUCUCGAUGAGGUGCCUUCCAGUUGUUGGCUUCCCCAGGAUUCCAGUGGCAACAGCAUGAGAAUUGGUGACCCAAUCACCCAACAGGGUACUCACCUGCUGGUCAGGAUUCCACUGACUAACUCAGCAUUAUGUUACACUCCUUGGUGUGUUCAUUUGGGGUCAUUCAAGCCAUCCAGAAUUGAACUGGAGGUCUAGGACAGGGAGGCAAUGUUGCAAGGUGAUACAACACAUUGACAUGAAUGUUAAGACAAGGGCUUUUAAAAAAAAAUCUACGGUCACAUGCACCUUCAGAAGGGCUUUUGGAAUCAUUUCUCCUUUUUUGUUGACUUGCCACAUAUAUGAUUUUUUUUUAGUUUUCACUUCCCUUGGAGAAGCAGAUUUUUAAAUUUCCUUUACAUUGACAAGAAUGAGAGAAAGUUAAUAUGUGGAUGAAUGUCCCAGUUAACAUUUGAGCCAUUGCAAUGAAAAAACACAUAUCAGCCAUUUCCCCUCUUUGUUUAAUCAGUUAUUUAAGUUUUUGAUUUUGUACAUCCUUUACAUGAAGGAUUACAUAUGCUUUAUAUAGACAUACUUUAUUCAUGUGGACAUAUAAAAAUAAAACUUCCAAUAAUGCUUUA